UGAAAUGUACUAUUAAUUUGAGGUUAUAAAUUGUUUUCGGUUGCGAUUUGGGUCAAAAAAGAAAUGUCUUUUUGUAUUAAAUUGAAAUUGUGCCACAUUUUCCGGAUAUUCUGAAGCCAUAAAUAAAUUGUUUUUUGCGUCUGCCAAAACCUACACUAUGUUUUAAUAAUAAAUAACAUGGUGCUCUGUCACCAUAACGUUAUUUAUUUUUGUAAUUUUAUAUUAAUUUAACAAAUGCAAUAUAAUUAAAACAUAAUGGACGUGGAAUCUAAAGAGGGCAAAUUAACUUGGCCCGAAUUAAAAGCGGUCGUAAGUGAGUUAAGAAGGCAGUUAUCAAGUUUGUCCACCAUGGUUCCAACUGGUUUCACAUUUCGAACAUUGCAAGAUGGUCGAACCAGAAUAUACUUUUUAAGUACACCCCACAAUGGUUGGGAAACCACUUUACUAUUCGCGGACAUACCCAAUUCCAAUCAACCAAACAGUUUGCGAUUGCAGUGGCAAUGUGUUCUAGAGUCAAAUUUUCCUUGUCUGUCGACAUGUAACAGGUCAUCCAGGGAAGAACAGCUGUUGUGGGAAAGAAAACGAUUGGCUACAUGGGGCAUAAACAGUUAUGAAAUCCACGAAGAGUCUGGAAAAAUUAUAUUCCCUGCGGCUAGUAGUUUGUUUCAAUGUGUAGACAAUGGCUUUUCGAAUGGGCAAUUAUUUCCAACCAAGCUGCGGUUGACGUCUAUUGGAGCUAAAUUAGACCCGCAAAUAUGUCCAUCCAAUCCAGAUCUGCUAGCCUACAUUUGUAACCACGAUAUAUGGGUUACACACACAAUAUCUGGCUCAAAUAUUAGACUAACAUACUCACACAAAGGAGGAAGGAAUCUAUCAGACGAUCCACUCAGCUCUGGGGUGCCAUCUUACGUCAUGCAGGAGGAAUUUUGUAGAUAUCAAGGAUACUGGUGGCAGCCCAAAUGUAUAGGUGGUGUCUAUAGAAUUCUUUAUGAGGAAGUAGAUGAUGGUGAUGUUAAAUUAUUUUGUUUCCCAUCCUCCCAGUCUGAUAGUGGUGACGUCGAAGAGUUCCGAUUUCCCAGAGCGGGUUGUACUAAUUCAAAGUCAUACCUCAAAAUGAUUGAAUUUAAACUUAACGAGCACCUGCAGAUUGUUGAUCUUUGCAUGCUUGAUUUGCAAUUUUCAUUGUCAGUUUUGUUUCCAUGGAUGGAAUACAUGGUUCGGGUUGGAUGGACCCCUGAGGGAGAAUAUGUGUGGGUACAGCUGUUAGAUCGAAGGCAACAACAUCUGGAAGUGGUUCUUUUAUCUCUCAGCAAUUUCUGCGAUGAUCUUCCAUAUCUCAACAGCACAUGUAAAAUGAGCAAUAUAUCUGGUAACCCAAUUGUCCAAGUUUUGUACUCCCAAGAUUCACAAUUGUGGGUCAAUGUUCAUGAUCUGCUGUAUUUUUUACCUUUGGAGAAUAAUGAGGUUAAAUUCAUCUGGGCCAACGAAGACAGCGGCUACAGACACUUGUAUUUAGUAACAUCUCAAAUUAUGCCACACACCAAUGGUGUUACAGAAAGCCCUCAAUUAACGGAUUAUGUUUUUCUGGCGCCCAAAAUUGUGUCAAAAGUUCAGCUGACAAUGGGCGAAUGGGAGGUCAUGGGUCAAGAUAUUUGGGUGAAUCCUGAAAAACAACUACUUUAUUUCAUGGGGCUUAAAGAAACCCCAUUAGAAAAGCAUCUGUACGUUGUUUCGUUAAAAAGACCAGGAGAGGUAAGACUGCUGACAAGGCCUGGAUACUCAUACGCAAUUGAUUUUAAUAAGGAGCGUAAUUUGUUAGUCACUGUAUAUAGCAACAUUCAGAAACCUCCCGCUUGUCAAGUAUUUAGAGUAGAUGAGACUGACUGGACCGUCGAGGGUAUAGGCCUGACGCCACUAGGCUACUUAGUAGAGUCGGCACCCAGCGUUAGCGAAUGCUACUCACCCGAUCUCUAUACCCACGAAAUUAGUUCCGGCCACGUGUUAUACGCUAUGGUAUUUAAACCUCACAAUUUCGAACCGGGUAAGAAAUAUCCCGCCAUAUUGAACGUUUAUGGUGGACCCGAGGUGCAGCUUGUCUCCAACACUUUCAAGGGCAUGAGGCAGUUGAGAAUGCACAUGUUGGCCGCUAGAGGUUAUUGCGUUAUAGCGAUCGAUUCGCGCGGAUCUCAACAUCGCGGCUUACUGUUUGAAGGUUAUAUAAAAGGCAAAAUGGGCACUGUCGAGCUCAAAGAUCAAGUCGAAGUAUUAUGUUGGCUAGCGGAAACUUUGGGUUAUAUAGAUUUGGCCCGAGUGGCAAUACACGGCUGGUCUUAUGGAGGUUAUUUGAGCCUUAUGGGGUUGAUUCAUCAUCCGGACGUAUUUAAAAUAGCUAUCGCGGGCGCGCCCGUGACCAAUUGGAAUUUGUAUGAUACCGGCUACACGGAAAGGUACAUGGACUUGCCCAUGCAUAAUCCCGAAGGGUAUCAAGAAGGUUCAGUAUUGAAUUUCGCACACAAGUUUCCUGAAGAGGAAAACCGCUUAUUAAUAAUUCACGGUCUAAUAGAUGAAAACGUCCAUUUCAACCACACAUCGCAGCUUAUAAAUGGUUUAAUUAAAGCGGGCAAGCCAUACCAGUUGCAAAUUUACCCCAAUGAAAGGCACUCCUUAAGGCACUUAGAUUCGAGUAAACAUUACGAAACAACGCUCUUAUCGUUUUUACAAAAUAACCUCUAAUAAAUGU